GGCGCGAAUGUUUCAAUAAAAGGGCGAGCAGACAACAGAAAGCGCUCCAGUGUGUCUACGCCGUCUGCAGUUCUUAGGACAGCUUUUACUCUUUUAGUGCAUUAGCUCAUUUUAGCCGCUUAUUUUCUACAGUUCAGUGUUGGUCUCGUCCUCUCAAUAAGACAAUAUGCUUUCCACUCGCUCGCCUCUGUCGUUGAAGAACGGAACCAUGCUGAGCAGCCAGAUGAGCAACAUGUCUGUAGACAAAGAGAACACGCCUCCAAGUUUGAGCACGAGCCGCGUCCUGGCGUCCAGAACCGCGCGAAAAAUCUUCAGCGAGGCUUCGCCCACACUGAUGAAAAGCAGCAAAGAAGAUGAGCCGCUGCUCAAGGAGAACCCCCGGCGCUUCGUCAUCUUCCCCAUCCAGUACCAUGACAUCUGGCAGAUGUACAAGAAGGCAGAGGCAUCUUUCUGGACGGCAGAGGAGGUGGACCUGUCCAAGGACUUGCAGCACUGGGAGUGUCUGAAGGAUGAGGAGAGGUACUUCAUUUCUCACGUGUUGGCGUUCUUUGCUGCCAGCGAUGGCAUCGUGAAUGAGAACUUGGUGGAGCGAUUCACACAGGAAGUGCAGGUGACGGAGGCUAGGUGUUUCUAUGGUUUCCAGAUCGCCAUGGAGAACAUCCAUUCUGAGAUGUACAGCCUCCUCAUUGACACGUACAUCAAGGACUCCCAAGAAAGAGAAUACCUGUUCAAUGCCAUUGAGACUCUGCCAUGCGUGAAGAAGAAGGCGGAGUGGGCUCUGAACUGGAUUGGCAACAAGAGCGCCGCCUAUGGUGAGCGCGUGGUGGCGUUCGCAGCCGUCGAGGGAAUCUUUUUCUCUGGCUCGUUCGCGGCCAUCUUCUGGUUGAAGAAGCGAGGGCUGAUGCCAGGCCUGACCUUCUCCAAUGAGCUGAUCAGCAGAGAUGAGGGUCUUCACUGUGACUUCGCAUGUCUGAUGUUCAAACACCUGGUGAAGAAGCCCUCAAUGGAGACUGUGAGUGCAAUCAUCAGGAACGCCGUGGAGAUUGAGCAGGAGUUUCUGACUGAGGCUCUACCGGUGAAGCUCAUUGGGAUGAACUGUGAGCUGAUGAAGCAGUACAUUGAGUUUGUGGCAGAUCGACUGCUGGUGGAGCUAGGCUUCUCCAAGCUGUACCGUGUGGAGAACCCGUUUGACUUCAUGGAGAACAUCUCUCUGGAGGGAAAGACUAACUUCUUUGAGAAGCGAGUGGGCGAGUACCAGAGGAUGGGCGUGAUGUCGGGCCCCACGGACAACACGUUCAGGCUGGAUGCUGACUUCUGAGGAGCCAGUGGAAGGGAACUUGGACUGUGUUUAUAGGGUCUGAUCAGAUGGUGACCAGGGUUCUGUCCAGAACUGGGUAAAUGAAUGUGACCAGAACUGGACCAGAACUUUUUGUUUCUCACUAUUUAAACUGUGUAUGGCUGCUUUUAUUUAAUAUCUGCUAUAUUAGCAUGUUUUCAUUUUAGGUUCAUGGGUUUUAUUGGAGUGUAGUUGUUGUAAUAAAGUCAACUGUACUUUAAGAA